CGCCGCUCGAAGUGGUCCCACAGUCUAGAUAGAGCGAGCGUCGCUGAGAGCAUCAAGAUCAUGAUGACCUGGGAAAGCCUCCAUGACCGGUUGCUCGUCAAGAGCGUUGAUCAGGAUGGCGCCCGGCGCCCUGUGGAGGUUCUCGAUAACGAUUCCAUCCGGCCUACUCCCUCGCGACAGCGGACCUGGACGCAGCUCACCUACAUCUUCUUCUGGUUCUCGGCCACGGCCAACGUGAGCAAUCUGUACGCCUCCAGCACCGGCGUGGCCAUGGGCUUGACCAUGUGGGAGGCCAUCGCCUGCUCCUUUUCCGGCCAGCUGCUGGCGGGCUGCUUGAUGGCUCUCAAUGGCCGGGCGGGAGCCAUGUAUCGUAUCCCCUUCCCGGUUUUGUGUCGCUCCAGCUUCGGGCCCUGGGGUGCCUUCUGGCCCACCUUCAACCGGGCCGCCAUGAGCAUCGUCUGGAACGGAGUCAACGUCACACAGGGGGCGCAGUGUUUAUAUGUGUUUCUGCAUGCCAUUUUCCCGUCUAUUGCGCGGAUUCCCGAUCGAAUGGGCUCGAAGUCCUCCUUGAAUACAGCGCAGAUGAUUUGUUUCCUGGUUUAUUGGCUCAUCAAUUGCGCAUUUCUCGUUGUUCCCGUCCCCAAGAUGAAAAAGCUCAUCUACAUCAAAGUGGUGGUCUACUACGGCGGCGCGUUCGCCAUGCUGGCGUGGGUGGUCACCCUGGCGGGGGGAAGCCCAUCCGCGCUCCGCGCCCCCUCGGAGGUGCAUGGAACAGCGAAGAGCUGGUUGAUCUGCAGAUUUCUGUUCCUGGGGCUGGCCAGCUGUGGCACCUUCAUCUCCAAUGCCGCCGACCUUCAGCGGUACACCCGAAAGCCGAGCGACGCCAUCCUGGGACAGAUCAUCAGCUUCCCGCUUUCGGGGUUGCUCGUGGCUGUCAUUGGAAAUGUCAUUGCAGCAUGUAGCCGAAGUAUUUUCGGGGAGUUGGUCUGGAAUCCCCUGACCUUCCUCGACAAGUUGAUGGAAGGGGAGAGGUACACCCCGGGAAACCGGGCUGCUUGUGCUUUUAUAUCGCUUGCAUUUGUGUACUCGACCGUCUUCUCCGCCAUCUUUGAGAAUUCUAUCCCUGCUGGAAAUGACAUUGCCGCCCUGCUGCCCCGCUACAUCACCGUCAAGCGAGGCUUCUUCAUCUGUGCCAUUCUCUCCUACGCCAUCUGCCCCUGGUAUCUCCUCGCCACCGCCUCCGUGUUCAUCACCUUCCUCUCUUCGUACCAGAUCUUCCUCUCCGCCAUCGCCGGAAUCCUACUCUGUGACUACUAUUUGAUCCGGCGCGGAUGGCUCAACAUCCCGGCGCUGUACACCGCCCGUUCCGACGGCAUGUACCAUUUCUUUUAUGGGUUUAAUCUCCGCGGAUUCGGGGCAUAUCUGAUAGCAGUGGCGCCGAAUUUCUACGGGUUCCUUCACCAGAUGGGGGUGAAGGCGCCAUUGGGGAUCCAGCGGUUCUAUUUCGUCGCCUAUCCAGUGGGCCUGUUGAUUGCCUUUGGCGUGUAUUAUCUGGGAUGCUGGAUUUGGCCUCCCGCUGGCAUGGAAAAGACGACCAAAUGGAAAGAGCCCAAGGACUACUGGGAUGAAUUUGACCCCGACCGCGGGGAUGGAGAGAUGGUGGACGUGGUGCCGGUGAUUGUGGAGGGCCAGAAAGUUUGAUUAGGGUUGCCAAAUGCC